UGCCGCGGCUGCUGCUGCUGCUCCCCGAGAAGUUGGUGAGGAGGCGAGAGCCGCGGGACUCGGCUCGUCUCGGCCCGGAUCAGCUCGGCCCGGCUCUGCUUGACCCGGUUCGGCUCGGCCCGGCUCGGCAUGCCCGCCCGCCCGGAGCCGAGCGGUGCAGCGGGGCGGCAGCGGCGGCCAAGCCCCUGAGCGGGCGGCGAGGAGCGACCGGCUCUGGCCCGCCAUGGAGCAAGAUACAAAGGAGGAGGUUUCAGAGAAGCCAAAGUCUGCUCCAACUGCAGAGAAAUAUGGCUGGAUUAAGAAAAGCAGUGGAGGGCUCCUGGGAUUGUGGAAGGAUCGUUACAUCCAGCUACGGAAAACACAGCUUGUGGUCUAUGAGGAUGAGGAUGAACAGAAGUGCAUAGAAACAGUGGAACUGGAGAGUUAUGACAAGUGCCAGGAGCUGCGUGUGCUACUCAAAAAGAAAAACCGUUUCAUUUUAAUCCGCUCCCCGGGUAAGAAGGUUCAUGAUAUCAAAUUUCAAGCUCCAACUUUGGAAGAGAAGGAAUCGUGGAUAAAAGCUCUUAAUGAAGGGAUCAAUAGAGGCAAAAACAAAGUAUUUGAUGAGGUGAAAGUAGACGAGAGCCUUUCCUUGGACCAUGUAACUCGGGACAGAGUGAAAAUGACCCACGGACGCAGGCCACCCACAAGAAAUCACCUAAAGGAGGCUGCUAAGUUGACAUCAGAUGGAAUCCUGCGACUAGACCUGGAUAUAGUAGACAACAGACCACCAAACUUGGAUUCCACCAUGAGUGAAAGUGAGAAUGCACCACCUGAGAAAGAAACUCCAAAGCCACCUAUGCCACCUGCAAAACCCACCAUCACAAAAGAAAACCAAGAUGCAGAGAACGACGUUCCUGACCAGGAACAUAAAAAACCUCUGUCUCCUCCGUUGCCCCCAGAUAAGAAGCUUAAGGAAGGCCUAGCAUCAAAGGACAAUGUAAAUGCCAAGGAAGAGGACUCUGUAAGCCCAGAGGAGAAUGUGGAAGGAUCCCAAGCACCAAAUGAGGAGAACAGAGAGAACCAUACUGAGGUCAGCAACAGGGGCAUGGCAAAAGCUCCAAUUCCUCUUCCCAAGAGCAUGCCAGACAAGCUAAAAGUAGCCUGGGACCAAUCAAUCCCUGAGCCUAAAAACACAGAAGACUUGAAAUCACCAGGAGACAGUAGCAAAGACAACUUUGCUGAGAUUGCUGCUGCAGAUGUCACAAAGCCUCUGGUUCCUCCUAAGAUUCUGUCAGAAAAAAUGCUAGCCACAAUGCAGUCCAGCCAUGGGGAUCUAGAAGCUGGGGAUAGAGAAGGCUUGGAGUCCAGCAGCUCCAAGCCCCCAGUGAAUGGGAUCACAGCCAGUGAGGCAGCUGAGUCCACAUCCCCAGUGGUUGAAACUGAAGAAGGAAAUGGGACAAUCUCUGUUGAGAAGGAACAGCAAAUUUCAGCAGAAGAGACAGAGACUUCCUUACCUACAGAAACAGGCCAUGAGAGUCUAAAAGCAACUGUUGAGAAGAAUGAGUCUGUAGAAAACACUUCAGGUCUCAAACUUCGCAGUUCUUCUCUGGGAGACCUGCUGUCUGAUUCCAAAAAUACAAAGAGAGCACUUCCAGGCCAAGGUUUUCCCAAGGAUCCCCAUCACUGCUUAGCUAAAAUGGAGGAGAAAGUUGCUAAUGAAAGGGAAAAGGCAGAAAAACUUCUGCAGAAGGUUUUACGUGAAGGGUUGGAGCAGGCCCAGGAGGGGAAUGGACCCCCAGUGAUGGCAGAGACAUUGCUCAACGAGGCAGUAGAACAACUCCGGCAAGCUACACAAGUUUUGCAAGAAAUCAAAGGUCUUGGAGAACUGAAAAAAGAAGCAACACAGAAACAGAAAGAAAAGCAAAAGGAUCUAGUGACUCUUUAUAGGAGAAGUGCUCCCUGACAUACUCUUCCAAGACAUUUCUCUCUCAAAAUCAAAGCUGAACAUUUGCCAUUUAUGAUUUGUACUGUUGCUAGGCCAGUGUUUAAAAGGUGGUGUUUUGCUGUGCACACACCGUGUAUAUGGGACAGAACUGAGCUUUCAGUUAUAGCAUCUUUCUCUCUCUCUUCAUGCUGUACACAUCAGUCUGGUUCUAAUCCUCUUAGCACAGCAGAAGGUUACAUGACAUUGAAAUGUGAAUGUUCUGUAAGGACUCAGUCCAAAGUCCUUUCAGUGGAUCAGGCUUUAAAAAUUACUGGUAAUCAAACCAAACAUUUUUUGAAAGGAACAGGAUGGCUAUUGUAGCAAAAGCCCCUGUCUAUCUGUAUUUACAGACAAGCAGAUACCAGAUUGCACUGGCACCUACUGGGUUUCCCAUUUAAAUCAUUUAAGGAUAAAAGUAGUCAGUGUUCGCUUGCUGGCGAGGUUCCCCAGACCACCUGGCCCAGUGACAUCUAGGAAUGUAGAGAGAAAUGGUUUAAUCUUCUCCAAAUAUACUCCUAAAACCGCAUCCACAGUUGAAAAGUGACCUCACACAGAGGCAAGCAAAACUGGCCAACUCCUGACUACCCGUAGCAUCCUCAGAUCUGGAGCAGCUGUACGAAGGCACUCCUCUGAGUCUGGCUGUGCAGAGCUUUGGGUGUACUAUGAACUGCACAAGUGAACCCAAGUCUCAUUGCACCAUUACCAGGCAAGUAUUAAUUGCUUCUGUUUCAUUAAUAUGGAAGUCAAGGCAAAGGCGCAGAGCAGGUUACACUUGGAGUACACUUUGAAGGAGUUUCUUCUAGCAGCCCAACACAUUUUUUAUUGAGGACUGUACCUAUCUGUUAACUCUGAAACUCCUCAUCAUAGUUGUUAACAGUUAGCCAGGCACAUGGAGAGCUUGUGUCCAGGAGCUUCUGAGGAGAGCCAUCAGGAAGAAGCUUUAGGGAUGUGUGUUCCCUUAGCUUUGGGCUUGCUCUCUGGGAUGUCAGUUGACAGGAACAUGUAUAUCAGGCAGUGGGUCUGGAUGAGAUCCCUCUUCCUAUUUAACAGGUUCAUACCUGCUGUGUCCUGGCUAGCCUGAGAGCCAUGGUUUGGCACAGACAUCUUUAGUUGGGAGUUUGUGGUGGAAAAAAGCAUUUUGCAUGCUCAAUUCUGGGGCUAGUCCCUGUGGCUUAAGUAUAUUAAAGGCAUUGCUUCAGAAGGGUCCAAGGGAGGCAUUGCAGAAGGCUCUAGCACAACUCCCACAGCUUCCCUGCCCAUCUGCUGAGAGCAACCACAGCUGCCAUGGUCUGUAGUGAUUACAGCUGUGAUAAAAUCAUGUCUUGCACCGCUGCUGUAUAGCCCUGGACCUUAGCUGGGUCCCCUAUUUUCUGUAGCUGCUCUGAGGAGAAUCAUAUGCCAACUCAAAGGGCUUCUCCUUUGCCUGAGCCAGACUCUGGAAGCAUGGAAAGGGUGAUCUUCUCAGUCUGAUUUUAAGGAAUGACAGACUGUCUAAGCCCCUUUCUCUCUUUGCCAGCACUGCCCUCUUAGCUCACCCAUUUCUUCCUUCUUAGUUUCCCAGGUUCCACAAGGCUGCAGUGGGCUGCAAACACCUCCCAUAGCAGCAGCCCAGUAGAGCUUUAUCUGAGCCUUUCUUUAGACUAGGCAGGGGCACCUCAGGUCAGAGCACAGAAAUGUUGGCUUAGGGCUUCCAGAUACCCUCUUUUUCACCACCUGGAGCCACCAAGACAGCUAGUGAUUAGAAUAGAAGCUUCUGCCCCUUUUGAUUAAAGCAGCCUUGGUUCCAGUGGUCUGUCCCCCUCUCAAGACACCCAUAGACAUCGCAGGGGAAUUCACUUGUUAUUCUCUCACAUGGAAAGUUCUACACAGUGAAACACUCAGUGCUCAGGUGCCAAAAAGCUUUGCUUCAAAACAAACACUUCCUACAUCCUAAGCCCACUCCUAGGCACACAGCCCGGACCAAACUCUGGAUCCAUGUAAUUUGCUGCUGUAGAUUCAAUGUGAACCAUGGGUCUGACUCACCUUUCCAGACAUCCUUAGGACAAGGGCUAUACCACAGACAAUAUUCAGUGCCUAUCUGCUAUCUAAAUGUAUUUUUCUGCAUGUGCACUUUUGUUUACCGAACACUGUGUGGUAUGAAUGUGAGCUGUCAGAACCUGGUGUGCACUGGAAGUGGAGGGACAUCAGCUGCAGAGAGCAGGCAGGCUUCUGCAAGAUGCAGUUCUAGAACAAGAGAUGAAUGAGAUGGGGAAAAAGCAGUUCACACUAACAGGAAUAUACCCAAACCAGGGCAAACUCUGGGUACAGGUUCAUAUCCCAAAGCUAAAGCCAGUCCUAAACUCCAGGAUGGGCAAAUCAAAGCCUGGAACUGGAAACCCAGGAAAAUGGAAACAGCUUAUGGGAUAGUUCAGUCCCCUAAUUUAUAUACAAAUGCUUUUGCUCUCACAGGUGGUAUCUUGUGUGGGUGUGUUGUGUGGGCAAAGUGCUGAUGAAAAUACCCAGACAUCCCUGUUACAGCCAAACCUACAGGAUGUACUUAUAUUUACUGUAUAUUUUUAUAUUAUACUGAAUAUUCUCAUGAAUAAAUGUCUGACAUUUUACUGAAUACCCAUCAGUAGGAAUAUUAACAAAAAAACCCCCUCCUAUCUCUGUAAAGAAAUGGGCAAGGUAAAUCUUUUUACAAGUUACAGCCAAUUACUGUAUUUGCUGUACUAACAAAACUUAUUAGAUUUGUAUUAUGUCAUGUAAAUAGGUAUAACUUAAGUGGAAUCUCUGUAGCACCAGUAACUACUGCUGAAAAUGCUUUGGUUUUAACUACUUUUUUCUAACAGGGUUAGCAGUUUCAUCCUACUAUGUCUGCUCCAGCUGCAGGCCUGAUUCACCUGGACUUGGCAGGAAAAUAUGCAUCACGUUCCUGCUGGAGUUUUCCUAUUUGUUCUUCUCCUUCAGGUCAUGAGUCAGACCCUGCUGAGGGCUGGAGAGUGGUUUCUCCUGCAGCUGCCUUCUGGGGUGUUUUUAUGUGCUCUUCUGAAAAUGGUAGUGCUGGGGAGAGUCAGAGACAGGAUCCUGCCCUGCUCUGACCUUAUACAGCAACUCCCAUCUUCAGUCUACAUCCUGCCACCAUGCACUUUUUUAUUUUUAAAUUUUCCUUUAUACUUACAUUUAAACUUACAUCUAAUUUCUGGCUGCACUAAGGCUGGGUUUUUUUGUGCCUGAAAACCCUCUGGGCAUGGAGCACUGGGGUGUGAGUCUGUGUUUUGGGCUGUGCCACCAGGUUACAUGUCUGUGACAGGAAGGAAGCGAGUUUGCAAGGAAGGAAAUGUGGAUGUCGAUCUGAAAAGCAACUGCUGCAGCCUGUGGAAAGGCAGCACUUUGUCUCCUGCUUGUAAAGAGCUUUUAGAUUUGGCAAUAAAACCCCCUGUGAAAUAUGA